GAAGAUGUCACUUAAUACUUCCAAUGUAUUUCUGGAUCCAGUGCCCACUAAUACUAGUCGCUUUCAAGUUAAUGUCAUAAAUGAGAGCCAUGAAAGCAGUGCAGCGGCAGAUGCCAACACUGACCCUCCUCAUUAUGAAGAAACCUCUUUUGGGAAUGAAGCCCAAAACAGACUCAGAAUCAGCUUUAGGCCUGGGAAUCAGGAGUGCUAUGACAAUUUUCUCCAAAAUGGAGAAAGCGCUAAAACAGAUGCCAGUUUCCAUGCAUAUGAUUCACACACAAACACAUACUAUCUGCAAACUUUUGGCCACAACACUAUGGAUGCUGUACCCAAGAUUGACUAUUAUCGCAACACCGGCAGCAUCAGUGGACCCAAAAUCAACCGACCCAGCCUGCUUGAGAUCCAUGAGCAACUUGCAAAGAACGUGGCAGUGGCUCCGGGUUCCGCUGACAGGGUUGCUAAUGGUGAAGGGAUGCCUGGAGAUGAACAAAUCGAAAACAAAGAGGAAGAUGAGAAAGGUGGCGCUGUGAAAUUUGGAUGGGUGAAAGGUGUGCUGGUAAGAUGCAUGCUGAAUAUCUGGGGUGUCAUGCUUUUCAUUCGCCUAUCUUGGAUUAUCGGAGAAGCUGGAAUUGGUCUCGGAGUUCUCAUAAUUCUCCUUUCCACCAUGGUCACUUCUAUUACUGGGUUGUCAACUUCUGCAAUAGCAACUAACGGGUUUGUUCGUGGAGGUGGGGCCUACUAUCUUAUUUCUAGGAGCUUGGGGCCAGAAUUUGGUGGGUCUAUAGGCUUGAUUUUUGCUUUUGCCAAUGCUGUGGCUGUUGCCAUGUAUGUGGUGGGAUUUGCCGAGACGGUGGUGGAUCUUCUUAAGGAGAGUGAUUCGAUGAUGGUGGAUCCAACCAAUGACAUCCGGAUAAUAGGCUCUAUCACAGUGGUGAUUCUUUUAGGAAUUUCAGUAGCUGGAAUGGAAUGGGAAGCAAAGGCUCAAGUGAUUCUUCUGGUCAUUCUUCUCAUUGCUAUUGCCAAUUUCUUCAUUGGCACAGUCAUUCCAUCCAACAAUGAAAAGAGGUCCAGAGGCUUCUUUAACUAUCAAGCAUCAAUAUUUGCAGAAAACUUUGGCCCGAGCUUCACAAAAGGCGAAGGCUUCUUCUCUGUCUUUGCCAUUUUUUUCCCAGCAGCUACUGGUAUUCUUGCUGGUGCCAAUAUCUCAGGAGAUUUAGAGGAUCCCCAAGAUGCCAUCCCUAGAGGAACCAUGUUGGCCAUUUUUAUCACCACUGUUGCCUACAUCGGAGUUGCCAUUUGUGUAGGGGCUUGUGUGGUUCGAGAUGCCACUGGGAGUAUGAAUGACACCAUCACCUCUGGCACAAACUGCAAUGGUUCCGCGGCCUGUGGGUUGGGCUAUGACUUUUCAAGAUGUCGCCAUGAACCAUGCCAAUAUGGGCUGAUGAACAAUUUCCAGGUCAUGAGUAUGGUGUCUGGGUUUGCCCCCCUCAUCACUGCUGGGAUCUUUUCUGCCACACUGUCCUCGGCUCUGGCCUCUCUCGUCAGUGCACCCAAAGUGUUCCAGGCUCUGUGCAAGGACAACAUCUACAAAGCCCUGCAGUUCUUCGCAAAGGGAUAUGGGAAAAACAACGAACCCCUGCGGGGGUAUUUUCUCACCUUUGUCAUUGCCAUGGCGUUCAUUCUCAUUGCGGAACUGAACGUCAUUGCUCCCAUUAUCUCCAACUUUUUCCUGGCCUCAUAUGCACUUAUUAAUUUCUCCUGCUUUCAUGCCUCUUAUGCCAAAUCUCCAGGAUGGAGACCAGCAUAUGGAAUUUACAACAUGUGGGUAUCUCUUUUUGGAGCUGUUUUGUGCUGUGCAGUCAUGUUUGUCAUCAACUGGUGGGCAGCUGUCAUCACUUAUGUGAUUGAGUUCUUCCUUUACGUCUAUGUGACUUAUAAGAAACCAGAUGUGAAUUGGGGCUCCUCCACGCAGGCUCUUUCCUAUGUGAGUGCUUUAGAUAAUGCCCUGGAACUAACCACUGUGGAAGAUCAUGUGAAAAAUUUCAGACCUCAGUGCAUUGUCUUAACAGGGACACCCAUGACAAGACCUGCUCUCUUGGACAUAACUCAUGCCUUUACCAAGAACAGUGGCCUUUGCAUCUGCUGUGAAGUCUUUGUGGGACCACGCAAGCUCUGUGUUAAGGAGAUGAACAGUGGCAUGGCGAAAAAGCAGGCUUGGCUUAUAAAAAACAAAAUCAAGGCCUUUUAUGCGGCAGUGGCAGCAGACUGCUUCAGAGAUGGUGUCCGAAGUCUCCUUCAGGCCUCAGGCUUGGGAAGAAUGAAGCCAAACACUCUGGUGAUUGGAUAUAAAAAAAACUGGAGGAAAGCACCCCUGACAGAGAUUGAGAACUACGUGGGAAUCAUACACGAUGCAUUUGAUUUUGAAAUUGGUGUGGUCAUAGUCAGAAUCAGUCAAGGGUUUGACAUCUCUCAGGUUCUUCAGGUUCAAGAUGAAUUAGAGAAAUUAGAACAGGAGAGACUGGCACUGGAAGCAACUAUCAAGGAUAAUGAAUGUGAAGAGGGAAGUGGAGGCCUGCGGGGCUUGUUUAAAAAAGCUGGCAAGUUGAACAUUACUAAACCAGCUCCUAAAAAAGACAGCAGCAUUAACACUAUUCAGUCAAUGCAUGUUGGGGAAUUCAACCAGAAACUGGUGGAAGCCAGCACCCAAUUCAAAAAGAAGCAAGGAAAAGGCACAAUCGAUGUCUGGUGGCUAUUUGAUGAUGGAGGGUUGACACUCCUUAUUCCCUAUAUCUUGACUCUCAGAAAAAAGUGGAAAGAAUGUAAAUUAAGAAUCUAUGUUGGAGGGAAGAUCAACCGCAUUGAAGAAGAAAAAAUUGCAAUGGCUUCUCUUCUGAGCAAGUUUAGGAUAAAAUUUGCAGAAAUCCAUAUUGUUGGUGACAUCAACAUUAAACCAAACAAAGAAAGUUGGAAAGUCUUUGAAGAGAUGAUUGAACCAUAUCGUCUUCAUGAAAGCUGCAAAGACUUAACAACUGCUGAGAAAUUAAAAAGAGAAACUCCAUGGAAAAUUACAGAUGCAGGUUUGGAAGCAGUCAAGGAAAAGAGUUACCGCCAAGUUCGACUGAAUGAACUCUUACAGGAGCACUCAAGGGCUGCAAAUCUAAUCGUCCUGAGCCUUCCAGUGGCAAGAAAAGGAUCUAUAUCUGAUUUGCUCUACAUGGCUUGGCUGGAAAUCCUCACGAAGAACCUCCCUCCUGUCUUACUAGUGAGAGGAAAUCACAAAAAUGUCCUGACAUUUUACUCUUAAAAAAUGCAUUUUACCUUUAUGUGCAAAUAAUUAAGAAACAGCUUCCAGUUCUUUCUGUUUGUCUAUCUGACCUACAGCUAAACCUUUGGAGA